AAAUCAAAAAAGUUGGCAACUUUGCUUUCGAAGCUAGUUUCUAGUCCAAGAUACAGCAGAAGAAGGAAGACGAAGCCAACGAGCUCCCUCCGUCCCCUCUCCGCUCGAGCCACGAGCCUCUUCGGUAUAGGCAGAAACCAGAGAACAUUUCGCCCAAAAAAGAGUGCACCUUCAGGGAGUAAGGGAGCACAGCUUAGACAACACAUUGAUGCCACAUUAGGUAGUGGAAAUCUGAGUGAAGCAGUAAAGCUACCACCUGGGGAGGAUUUAAAUGAGUGGCUUGCAGUCAACACUGUAGAUUUCUUCAACCAGGUGAAUCUGCUUUGUGGUACCCUUACGGAGUUUUGUACCCCUGAGAAUUGCCGGACUAUGUCUGCUGGACCCAAUUUGGCAAGGGGAGCCAUCAUACAAACAUGGAUAGUUCUGUCCACUGCAGGAUCAGAGCUUGAGUAUUAUUCAGAGUGGGGUAUGAGUAUAGAUGGGCAGAUGGCGUACAAAUUAAGAAACCUAUUGAGGUUUCGGCCCCAAAAUAUGUAGAAUAUCUGAUGGACUGGAUUGAGUCAUAGCUUGAUGAUGAAUCCAUCUUCCCUCAGAAGCUUGGCGCGCCAUUUCCUCCCAACUUCAUGGAUGUCGUGAAGACAAUAUUCAAGCGAUUGUUCCGUGUGUACGCUCACAUAUAUCAUUCACACUUUCAGAAAAUUGUGAGCCUCAAAGAAGAGGCUCACCUUAAUACGUGCUUCAAACAUUUUAUACUCUUUACAUGUGAAUUUGGGCUAAUUGACAAGAAGGAGCUUGCUCCACUUCAAGAACUAGUAGAAUCCAUUGUUGUUCCAUACUAAGAAAAAGUGAAAAGUUCUUCACUGUGCUGUGAGAAAAUCAAGUCUCGGUGAACAAUACUAAUUUAGUCAAGACUGCAUGUUUGUUCUUGAUUCAAUAAACCCUUCCUUAUAUUUGGGGUUCCAUAUAAUAUAAUAUCAGCACUGACUAAUUAAACUUGAAGAACUUGAUGUCGGGAUGUAGCUCAUUGCUAACAAAGCAGUAAUUAGUAUGUAAAUAUCUAUAUGAUUUUACAGACAUCUCAA